AUAGUAUAAUCACUAAGGACAUUUUCAUCGUAAUAAUUGUCAGUAUGAAAAUAACAGGAUUCUUCAUCUGCGUGUGUCUCUUGGCUAUAUUGAUCUCUGUUAAUGGGGCUCCACAGAGACGGCAAGUUCAAGCCAUUGUGGCAUCAGCCUUUGGACAAGCUCUCGGUGAACAAGUCACGAAAUUUGUCAGCACGGCUGGUGAUUACCUAUUGAAUACGUUAUUUGGUGAGAGUCCAUAUACCACCAUAAUGGGUCGCGGAGUAAAAGUAAGUGGUGGAGGAACCACAGUGUCUAUUAAGGAUAUCGCCACAGGUAUCGUAGUGGCUGGCUUUGGGGAGACACCAGAGCUAGCCAUGUCUCAAGCCACUGCUAAUCUCAUAACUACUCUGUAUAAGGGAGGAUAUAUCAGUAUUGACGAUCUUCAUUUGGCCCCAGUAAGAACGACAACUCAAAUACCUUGUGCGGAUGCCUUCCCACCAAAAGUAUGUCAAUCAUAUAAAAAUCUAGGAUCUUGUUCACCUGCCCAUGUUACCUACAGCUUUGCCCAUACACACUGCACAAGAACUUGUGGUGGCUGUGAAUAAAAUUAGAUACCAAUGCUUGGAGAAUGUCAUCAAUAUUAUAUUGUAAUCAGCUUUAUUAAAAUACCA